GGAUAAAACUGCCAAAGUUUUAGUCACUAGAAUGGUUUUACAUCCUACAAUAAAAAAGAUCAAACUCUCAUUCCCCCAUUUUCAAUUCUUGGCAUUUUUUUGUCCUGAAAAAUAAGCUAAAUGAAGAGAUGGAAAUCUUAACCUGAAAGACUGGUUUUUGCCUGCCUACUAACAUAAGGAGUACUUGACGAAGCUGGAAUAAUGACCGAGUGGGUCCGCUGUAAUUCAUGUUGCACAAAGCCUGGAAAACAAAGAUUUUAUCUUACUAAUUGCGGUCAUCUAUUUUGUGAAGAAUGUAUGAAAGAAAAUCCAGAAACAUGCAAACUUUGCAAAAACUCUUGCAAAGCAAUUAUGCUGACUUCCCAGAUGAAACCGGAAGUUGAAGAGUACUUUAUCGAUAUUCCCACUUUACUUAGCAGACAGCAGAAAAAGUUAUUGCAGGUAUACGAAUUCCAGAGAACACAUUGGAAAAAUUUUGUUUCUCUACAUGAAAAGCAAGAAGCUAUGCUGGAAAAGACGCAAAAACGCUCGGCCGAAUUAGAAAGAGAAGUUGCAUUACUUCGAGAGGAGAACAACCAAUUAAGGCGGCUGCUAUCAGACAGCAAACAGCAUCAUACUCCAGGAAAGAACACAGCACAUUCGCCUGGUCUUGCUUUACGAAGAGGCGCUUCCAAGGUGUCUCCUGUACCUUAUUCUAACUCUCCCUACGGAAUGGCUGUUACAAGCACUCCACAGCAAGAUGGAAUGUACCAGCGACAGCCCCAGGUGAGGACACCAGCAGGACCCUCAAGACUCACUGUCCGUACACCCCCAUCCAAUGGAAUGAUAGGAACCACGCGUCCUAGUCCAUACAUGCACUCACAACGUCCAGGUUCUGCUGGAAAUACGCCUGGUGGGUUAUCUCAACGUCUAUCAUGUGCUGGAAAUACACCUGGGGGUCUAAGGACUGCUAAUACACCUGGACCAAAUGAACCUGUUACACCUUCCAUGCUGAGGGCUGCUAUGUCACAAACUAACUUCUCUCCAAUGCAUGCUAGUUCGCCUAUGAUAUCUUCUCAAAACAGAGUCACUUCAUGGAUGUCUUCAAGCCAAAGAACAACAGGUUCAUAUGUUCAAAGAGACUCUUCACCGGCAGGCUCACAAUGUGGUCAUUCGCAAAACGAAUCUACUUCGCAUUGUAGUCAAAUGGAUUCUGGAAAGCGCCCAAUUCAGCUGCGAUACGAACCAAGACCAAAUCCUCUCAACAGACCUCCAAUUAUAACCACACCCGCCAGAUCAAAGCACCACUAGUACCAAGACAAGUACAAAAGAUAUACAAUGUGAAAAACUUUUAUUGUCCUUUAAACUUAAGUUUUUGUAAAUAGAACUAAAAUACUUCAUAUUCCAGUGUAUUACAUGCAAUCACAAUGA